AUGGCUCAUACUACGGUACAACGUGGAUUUCACUUCCUGUGCAAGAAUUCAGCACAGAAACUGAGACUUGGGUCUCCUACUCGUUACGUCUCACAGACACGGCAGUAUGGAGGCAUGAGCCUCGAUGGAUUCACAGAGUCCCAGAUUCAAGUUCGGGAAGCCAUUGGCAGUAUCUGUAGCAAGUACCCGGAUGAGUACUGGGCGCAAAAGGAUAUGGAUGGAAGCUAUCCAAGUGAUCUCCACAGAGACCUUGCUGCAGGCGGUUGGUUAGGAAUUUGCAUGCCAGAAAAAUAUGGGGGCUCAAACCUAGGCAUCUCUGAAGCAACAGUCAUGUUGCAAACAAUUGCCGAAAGUGGCGCAGGGAUAGCUGGCGCUCAGUCUAUCCAUGCCAACGUCUAUGCCAUGCAACCAGUUUGGACGUUCGCCACGGAAGAUCAACGUAACCGCUGGCUUCCCCCAAUUAUCUCUGGGAGCCAACGUGCAUGUUUUGGUGUUACUGAGCCUAACACAGGUUUAGACACAUUGAACCUACAAACCAGAGCUACCCGCCAGGGCGACAAAUAUAUAGUAAACGGAAAGAAAAUCUCAGCACAGGUAGCACAGAAGAUGGUCUUACUUGCUAGGACAAUACCUCUGGACCAACUGGAUAAUCCUUUGAAGGGUCUCUCCCUAUUCUUUGCUGACAUCAAGAAGGAAGACGGCGUCACUCCCAAAAGAGGAAUUGACCUCCAAAGGAUCUCCAAGAUGGGGGGUAGAGCUAUUGACGCCAAUCAAGUUUUCUUUGAUGACUUCGAGAUUCCUGUCGCCGACAGAAUAGGCGCAGAGGGCGAAGGUUUCAAACAAAUACUACAUGGCAUGAAUGCUGAAAGGUGUUUGUUGGCCGGAGAAGCCCUUGGCAUUGGGCUUGCUGCAUUGCGACGUGCCGCGAGGUACGCAUCCGAGCGAGUGGUCUUCGGACGGCCCAUUGGCCAAAACCAGGCGAUCCAGCACCCGCUUGCCCAAUCGUGGAUCGAUCUAGAGGCGGCAAAGCUUCUAACCUACAGCGCAGCCAAGGCCUACGACGACCGCGCAGCAGAUAAGGGUUCGAGCAACACGGACGUUGGCGCUAAGUGCAACGCUGCCAAAUAUUUCGCUGCGGAGGUUGCCUUCAAAGCAUGCGAACGUGCUGUAAUGAUACACGGUGGAAUGGGAUAUUCCGCCGAUUUCCACGUCGAGCGUUACAUGAGGGAAGUUUUCGUGCCGCGCAUCGCUCCCGUCUCACGGGAAAUGAUCUUGAACUUCAUCUCGCAGAAAGUCCUUGGGUUACCCAAAUCAUACUAG